AGACGGAUCCGAGACACGGACCAGAGACACGGACCAGAGAGACGGACCAGAGACACGGACCAGAGAGACAGACCAGAGAGACGGACCAGUGAGACGGACCAGAGACACGGACCAGAGACACGGACCAGAGAGACGGACCAGAGACACGGACCAGUGAGACGGACCAGAGAGACGGACCAGUGAGACGGACCAGUGAGACGGACCAGUGACACGGACCAGAGACACGGACCAGUGAGACGGACCAGAGACACGGACCAGAGACACGGACCAGUGAGACGGACCAGAGCAGGAGAGAUGAGAGAGAUAGUUCACAUCCAGGCCGGACAAUGCGGGAACCAGAUCGGAACCAAAUUUUGGGAGGUGAUCAGCGAGGAGCACGGUGUCGACCCGGCCGGCUGCUACGUGGGCGACUCGUCUCUGCAGCUGGACCGAGUGGACGUGUACUACAACGAGGCGUCCUCACAUAAAUACGUCCCCCGAGCUGUGCUGGUGGACCUGGAACCAGGAACCAUGGACAGCGUCCGCUCAGGAGCCUUCGGACAACUCUUCAGACCGGACAACUUCAUCUUUGGUCAGACGGGCGCCGGGAACAAUUGGGCCAAAGGUCACUACACGGAGGGGGCGGAGCUUGUGGACUCGGUCCUGGACAUCGUGAGGAAGGAGUGUGAGCAGUGCGACUGUCUGCAGAGCCCUAGAGCUCCUGACCCGUCCACCCUGUGGUUCCACCUGCAGGGCUUCCAGCUGACUCACUCCCUGGGCGGGGGCACCGGCUCGGGAAUGGGAACCCUGCUGAUCAGCAAGAUCCGGGAGGAGUACCCCGACCGCAUCAUGAACACCUUCAGCGUCAUGCCCUCGCCCAAGGUGUCGGACACGGUGGUGGAGCCCUACAACGCCACGCUGUCCGUCCACCAGCUGGUGGAGAACACGGACGAGACCUACUGCAUCGACAACGAGGCCCUCUACGACAUCUGCUUCCGGACCCUGAAGCUCACCACGCCCACCUACGGAGACCUCAACCACCUGGUGUCCGCCACCAUGAGCGGCGUGACCACCUCGCUGCGCUUCCCCGGGCAGCUCAACGCCGACCUGCGCAAGCUGGCGGUGAACAUGGUGCCGUUCCCCCGGCUGCACUUCUUCAUGCCGGGCUUCGCGCCCCUGACGGCGCGGGGCAGCCAGCAGUACCGAGCGCUCAGCGUCCCCGAGCUCACGCAGCAGAUGUUCGACGCCAGGAACAUGAUGGCGGCGUGCGACCCGCGCCACGGACGCUACCUGACCGUGGCCGCCGUCUUCCGCGGGCCGAUGUCCAUGAAGGAGGUGGACGAGCAGAUGCUGAACGUGCAGAACAAGAACAGCAGCUACUUCGUGGAGUGGAUCCCCAACAACGUGAAGGUGGCGGUCUGCGACAUCGCCCCCCGGGGACUCAAGAUGGCCGCCACCUUCAUCGGCAACAGCACGGCCAUCCAGGAGCUCUUCAAGAGGAUCUCGGAGCAGUUCUCGGCCAUGUUCCGGCGGAAGGCCUUCCUGCACUGGUUCACGGGCGAGGGCAUGGACGAGAUGGAGUUCACGGAGGCGGAGAGCAACAUGAACGACCUGGUGUCCGAGUACCAGCAGUACCAGGACGCCACGGCCAACCACGCCGAGGAGGACUUUGAGGACUUUGAGGACGAGAUCGCCGAGUAAGAAGUCCAACGCGUCCGCUAAAUCAGGGUUCUAUGGAAUAUGAUAUAUAUGUAAUAUAUAUAUAUAUAUAUAUAUGUAAUAUAUAUAUAUGACAUAUAAAAGAUGGAUCAUCAAACAGAAGUAAUCACCUCCAGGUAGUUCUGAACGGUGGGUUUCGUGCUACGAUGGACUCAUACGAUGGAUUUGUCUCAGGAUAAAGUCAGAUGUCCCCUUUCCGCCACAUGGGCCUGAGGGGGCCGGCCGUUAAUCCCCCCCCUUGCAGCCCAGUAAUUCCCCCUCUGUCUGGCGUGUUGACCCCCCCCCAGUUUGGCCCGUUGACCCCCUGCCCAGCCAGCAGUUCUGUUUGUGGGGCGGAUUACAAGCAGACGGUCAUUGCGCCUCUUUGGUUCCUCAGCAGCGCGGCGUCAGGUGAUUACAGCGAGAGCCAAUCAGAGCGCAGGGCUUCCUGAGCCACACUGCAGGUGCAGGCUUUAAAGUUAUGUGUAUAUAUUUAUAUACAUAUAACAUAUAAACUUAUAUAAUGACGUGCUGGCGCCCCCCACAGGCUCCACAGGUCAUUACACCAAGGACCUAGUUUCAACAGCCCAAACAAACCUAAUAAUGACAACAAUAACAACGUUUGAUCCUCCCACAGGAGCUGGAGCCAAUCAGAGAGCAGGGAGGCAGCUUGAGCCCAAUCGAUUGAAGGCAGAGGUCAUCAAUAAAAUUAAAUCCUGCAACGUGUAGGUUAAGACGAAGCAUCACUGUUAAUCAGGAUAACAUUAUUAUUACCAUAAUUAUUACAUGUUAUAUGUUUACCACUUAAAUUGGAUCACAUCACACGUUUUUAUGAGCAAAUGAUCUUUAUGGAUAAGUUCUGUUUU